AAAGAGAGGAGAUAGUCUUAAGUCUACGAGCACUGUUAAUAGUUCAAAAUUAUCGUAUUCACAUAAAUGUUCCAAGCAUCACCAUUCUUGUCAUAAAGAAGACGAACUUUGUUCGAAUAAGUUUAUUCAAAUUGUUAUUGUGAUAUUGGUGUUGAUUAUGGCUUUUUGUUUGGCGGCAAUAACGACCCUAUACUUGAUGGAAACAACGCGUCAAACGCAAUACAUACAGCCGAACAUUGAAAGAUCUCACAAAAAUUAUCCGACCAAAAGGCCGAUAAAAAUAACAAAAGCCCCUACGUGGACACCCACAUUGCCACCCUAUUAUCCGACAAGUGCAUAUAAAGAAGAAGAAGUAACAAAAAUAACGCUCGAUCCGACUUUGAUAAGUAUAAAGCCUAGUAUAAUAAUCGGAAGGCCUCAAGAUUGCAUAGCAGUAGAUCAGGAUCUUGAAAAUACAAAUCUUUGUCAGAUAUUCUGUUGUGCGAAUCCUCCACCGAGACAUUCUCAGGAAAUUCCUUCGUCACACUAUUCGGAAAAAAGGCUUACAAAUCCAAGCAGGAACAAAACGGGACCGUUAAUUAAUCUGGAGAAGAACAAAAUUUCCAAACCGUUCCAUUCGAAUGAUAUUGAUAAUAAACAGAUUAGACAAAAGCGGGACUCAUAUGGUGAUGAUUCGAACUUUUUCGAUAUAGGUGAAGAUGACCAAAUGUUUACUAUAAUAUUACACGGUAGGAAUUUUAACACUACCUUAACGCCCAAGUAUAAAGAAGAAACAAAUUCUCCAUACAAUAUUUCCUAUUCAGUUCCAAUAUCAAAAUAUAUGCCGGAUGAAUUUAUUAAUUUAAUUUUUAGGUCCAGUCAAACAAAUAUAAAAGAAAUUGAACAUUGCUACAACGAUUUCAAGCAACAUGAAUGCCCUUUUGUUAGUUCGCAGGCCUACUAUGACGACAAGAUGAAAAUAAGGCAUAAAGUUAAUGAGAAUAGUGCUAGUCAACUUAUCGGAUAUCAAAGUAUCGUUUUCGAAGUUGACAUGAUUGACUAUCAAUCGAAAGUGAUGACGUACAGAGCAUCUCUUAAACCUAAUUUGAACAUUUGCAAACUGGCCUUGUCCAAAUUGGGAUUAGAUUAUGUAGAAUAUAAUUUUCAUUUUUAUAGACACUGUGAUGAAUAAGAUCUUUAUAUUUUUCUUUAUUAAUUUUAGCAAUAUUGGUAAUGUUAGUUAUAGUCGAACAAAAAACUCAUGACAAGUUUUAUGUAAAUUUUGAUUUGUAUAGAAAUACGUUAAGGGUGUGUAUAGCAUGAUUUAUAGUUUCACUAGAAAAUAGUGUAAUUAUAUCCAUAUUUUUAUUGUUAGAUAUUGAUUUUGUGAAUUAUUGAAAAAGUCAUUAUAGUAUUCCACUGACUUAAUUAAUAAUCCCUUACUGUAGAAUAUAAACAUAAUAAAACCAACACUUAGUAAUCACUUGUGAAGUCAGUCAAUUCUGGUAUAUUUGAUAACCAUCACAAUGAUACUGUAAUGAUAAUUAUUUUCGCGGUUAUAUAAUUGUUCUUAUAUUAAAAAAAAUGCAGCUAAGACUGACUCUCCAUAUCAAAAACAGAUCUAAUUAGUAAUGAUUGAGACCGUCUAGGAAAAAUCGAAAAAUCCAACAGUAGUUCAUUCCUCCAAAUCCGGUUUAGAGUCCCACGGAAGGCGUUCUAGAUAAUUCGAAUGGAUGUGGUGACGUAUCUCCUGC